AUGGCGCCCAUGUUCUGCACGAAGCUGUUUAACUGGAAGCCGAAGGGCAAGAAGGACGGGGGUCCCCGGCCGCACUUGGACACCGUCUUCCCCGAGCCGCAGGACGAGGGGGAAGCGUGUCCCUAUUGGACCCACGUGGCAUGCAAUCCCCCGCCGCCUCCGCCCUCCCGCCCGCACACGCCCACUCACGCCCGUACCCAGCCGACGCCGCCGCCCCUCCCCCCGCACCACCCUGGCAGCCCUGUGCACCAUCAGCCGCAGCCCCGCUCCCCAGCCACACACCGCCGUGCCCACGCCCGAAACCACCUUCCGUAUGGCUACAGCAGCACCUACAACAGCCCCUACCAGAGCCCACACCAAAGCCCAGGCCCCAACAGCCCAGUCAACCACAGCCCACACCACUUUACCCCCAUCCACCACAGCCCUGCACACUGCAGCCCCGCGCACUGUAGCCCUGUGCAUCCUAACCAAGGCUACAACAGCCCAGUCCACGUGAACCAAGGCUACAACAGCCCAGUCCACGUAAACCAAGGCUAUAAUAGCCCGGUCCACGUCAACCAAGGUUAUAACAGCCCGAUCCGCCAGAGCCCGAUCCACACUAAUCAAGGAUGCAACAGCCCGGCCCACCAAAGCCCAGUGCAUCACAGUUCCGGCUACAACAGCCCGGUCCACGUCAACCAAGGCUACAACAGUCCGAUUCACCCCACCCCGGUCCACCCGAGCCCGGUGUACCCGAGCCAGAACUACAACAACACGAUGCACCACCGCGGCUACAUUCUGGAGAGCAACUACUGCCAGCCGCUGCCGCCGCCCCCGCCGCAGCGACCGCCGCCUCCGAUACCGGGAACUGAAGGUAAAGUAUGGGAUUGGAUUCUCAAGGUUCAUUCGAUGAUUACUCAAUUAGCUUUUUUCCAGUCCCUUUCGUCCGCGACCAAAGUAAAUGCAAUGCAAGCAGAUGCUGAUGAUAAAAAAUAG